GAAAGGCGAUUCCCAACAUGCCCGUUAAUCCCGAUGUUUGUUGGAAGUGACAUUACCAGCGAAUACAAGAGUGAGGAUGGAGCUAUUCACAUUUUAGAAAGGCGGUGCAAACUGGAUGUAGAUGCCCCAAGAUUACUGAAAAAGAUUGCAGGUGUUGAUUACAUCUACUUCAUUCAGAAGAACUCCUUGAAUAAGCAGGAAAGGACAUUGAAGAUAGAAGCCCACAAUGAAACAUUUGCUAAUAGAGUGGUCAUCAAUGAAUUCUGCUGUUACACGGUUCACCAAGAAAAUGAAGAUUGGACCUGCUUUGAGCAGUCAGCAAGUCUUGAUAUCAAGUCGUUUUUUGGAUUUGAAAGCACUGUUGAAAAAAUAGCAAUGAAACAGUAUGCCAGCAGCAUCAAAAAGGGGAAAGAAAUAAUUGAAUACUACCUAAAACAGCUAGAGGAAGAAGGAAUAACUUACGUACCACGGUGGACACCAACAGUAAAUACUAAUGUCGAAAAGACGGUUUCUGUGCAGAAAUUGACCUCCUCUCCAGCUGUGGCCAUACCUGGCCGAGGUGAUGCAGUUGUAAAGGAAGAACACGUUAACAAAGACUUGAUUGCCGGUUCCAAUAAUUCACCUGAUUCUGUCUCAGGAACACCUGAAGAUAAACUAGAUGCUGAUUAUAUCGAGCGUUAUUUGGGUGACUUAACACCACUGCAGGAAAGCUGUCUCAUUCGACUUCGAACGCGGCUUCAGGAAGCACAUAAAGGCAAGAUCCCCAAAGAUGAGCACAUCCUACGGUUCUUAAGAGCACGUGACUUCAAUAUGGAUAAAGCAAGGGAGCUUCUGUGCCAGUCUUUGACGUGGCGCAAACAACACAAAGUAGACUACCUCUUGGAAACUUGGACACCACCUCAAGUGCUGCAUGAUUAUUACACCGGAGGAUGGCAUCACCACGACAAAGAUGGGAGACCCUUGUAUAUCUUAAGACUUGGGCAGAUGGAUACCAAAGGGCUUGUCAGAGCACUUGGAGAGGAAGCACUGCUGCGGCACGUUCUUUCUAUUAAUGAAGAAGGAUUAAGACGAUGUGAGGAAAAUACCAAUGUGUUUGGAAGACCAAUCAGCUCAUGGACAUGCUUAGUGGAUUUAGAAGGCUUAAAUAUGAGACAUCUAUGGCGACCUGGUGUUAAGGCACUGUUGAGAAUCAUUGAAGUUGUUGAAGCUAACUAUCCGGAAACACUGGGUCGAUUAUUGAUCCUUAGAGCACCUAGAGUGUUUCCGGUACUUUGGACUUUGGUCAGUCCUUUCAUUGAUGACAAUACAAGAAAAAAAUUCCUCAUUUAUGCGGGCAAUGACUAUCAGGGGCCUGGAGGUCUGGUUGAUUACAUAGAUAAAGAAGUGAUCCCUGAUUUCCUUGGAGGAGAAUGUGUGGUAAGAAUUCACAACACAAUCAGCUUUGAUUCUUAGGAUGCUGUGUCAUAA